AUGCAAGCUUUCACCGCGAGACGGAAAAAGUCGCAGAGUAAGAAGCCUUCGCAGCGAUUCGGCAAACUCACGAUAAACACAAGAUGCAACCACGAGAUAACGCUUUCGGCCGAGUCGCGAAUGCCCGAACUAAGCUUCGUCAGCUUCGAGGAAUCCAAGGCACGGAAGCAGGCUCUCGACUCGGGGCAUGAAGCGACGAAAGAAGUUGAUCUUCAAGCCUCAAACCGCCGCACAAUCAUCCAGUCUGUUGGCCGCCGUGCUGUACAGCAGAGCGCGAUGAAUGGUCCCGUCUCAGCUCGGGUGUUUGAGACAACGCAAAGCGAUGAGGCUCUGAGGAUACCGCUUUCUGAUCGUGUCAAGGGACUUCGACCUGCACCUUUGGACAUCGCCCAGGAAGUCUCGCCAGCAGACCGCGCCAUUCCGAUCGGUAUCAGCUUUUUCUCUCCAUCGACGAUCCACUCUUCCGGCCGGGAUGAAACUCGAUUCGGACACGGCCAGGAGACUCCAGUCAUUGUCGUCACGCCAGCUGAGGAGCAGUUUCCCUCGAAUAGCCAGCAACGCCGACCUCCCUCGAGCGUGUACUCGCGAUACACGAAUUGCAUGCCGAAGUCAGCCAGCAGCAGAGCACCACCAGUCCCUCCAUUGCCUCUUUCCAUCAAUACUGGGCACGGAGACGUCUCAUUGUCGCGAAACUUCUCUAAAAGGUCUGCGGCAACCUCAUUCGAGGAAGACAACCCACCCUCGACGUCGCGCACUCUUCCUGGCAGCGGCUUCAGCGAUAGUCUCCAACGGUAUCCCUCCACGCGUUCCGCGGGUCUUGCUACUCCACGUCGAAGCAAAGGCUGGUGGAACAUAAUUACAUCGCCUUUCUCCGCCAGAUCCACUAGCGGCUUUUUCCAGCGCUCUCCAUCGUUGCGCGACGACCACGUCCCAGUCCUUGCCGAUGUGGCCGAAAUGUCGAUGGCCGCCUCUCACGAAGGCGUCAUCUUCACCAACAGAGCGCCAGAUGAUGGCGAGCUACGCUCAGCUCCGGCCAGGAGCUCAUACGGCACAUUCGACGAUCUUGAUCGAUCAUUACCGAUCCGGUCUGAGACAGCACCAGGAGCGCUUCACCAUGAGUCGACGGGCUUCGACAUAUACAGGAUUCCCAGCCAGGGCGAGGCGGCGGCGUACUACGAUCCGAACAGGCACUUUCCUAGUGUGUUCCUUGGUUCGAACGAAAUUCACGAGUCGCCGGACGACGGCUUGCGCGGCUGGAGUCCUUCGCACAGUGUGUUCGUAUCUUCCCACUUCAGAGAUACCGUGGGUAGCUUCAGUGAUGUUGAAAGAGCUUCGAGCAACAAGUCAUGCGAUGGACAUCAUACUCCUUCUGGCGGCAAAGAGGCGAAGGAAGAGACGCCACUGCUCCAGUGCAAGAAUGCUAUCUUCACCACCCCAACUCCAGCAGAACUCAAAGGUGCUAGCCUACCGCAAAAGCAGAAUGAACGAAGCUUCACUCAAACCACCGGUGCUUCAGUAAUGUCACCUAUGUCCGCCACUCCGGUCGUCCAGGAUGCUCAUUUGGGACAGUUCGUGGGUCCGCAAUCAUCGUUCGGCGAGCAGAGACGAGUCAAUAUCGAGGCGACGCCCAAUCCAACCGCUUCAGCUGCUACGAAAGCUCAACAGGAAGAUCGUCGAGGAGACUGGUCGACUCUACUUUCGAGGAAGACAUCGAUACAUAUCACGCAUCAGCGGGAAAACUCUUAUGGGCUCGGAAUAUCGGAACCUCAGCAAGAGCUGUAUCCUCCCACCAAACCAUUGUCAGAGAAACCAAUAUUGGGAACAGACUUCUUCGGUCAGCUCACCAUUCGAAGCGUUGAGGAGAAGGAACCAAAGCGAUCAUGGUAUCGCAGAUACAUAUGGUACUUAGCGGCAGUACUUGGUCUCGUUCUCGUGCUCUUGAUCGUACUUCUCGCUGUCCUCAUCCCGCGGCGACGAUCGAUUGUGACUACGGAGACAUCCUGGAUGAACUUGACCGGCUUCCCAGCUUUGACGAUCGGCGUCAGCGAUGUAAUGCAAACACGGAACAUCGAAAGUCAAGGUUCUUGCGUCGCGCCCUCUCAGCUGUGGAGCUGCGCUGUGCCUGAGCAAGACGAUACCAGCACGCCAACUUUCAAGAUUGAGAUCAAGUUUCAGAAUGGGACUCUUCCCGGCAACAAGACUGCCUCUCUGAACUCACGUAGUCUAGAAAGGAUGGCAGUCGGUCAUCUCGUGCGGAAGAGUCUGUGGUCAGACUCCGAGUUCGAGCCGUCGCCAGCGCCGCCAUCCACGGAAGACCAACAAUUUCUCGGCAGAACGACGGACAACUCCAUGCAACCGUACGAUGGCGAGGAGACGCCAUUCUACAUUUCUGUGCUGGACCCGGCCUCGUUUAACAGCUCGAAGGUGCAAGGUCUGAGGAAAAGGGACGAGGGCUACCAGUACCCGUACCCUUCUGUGUUCCGGACUAGCUCGCCUUCUGCAUCGGCGUCCUCAUCGCCUACGACAUCGUCGCCCAUCGAUACCUCGAGCGUGACACCUACUUCCAGACCAUCUUCGGCAUCCAGCGCAACCACAACCACCUUCAUGCUGGUCAGCAUUCCCUCUCCCGCCCUCCUUCCCAACGGCUCUCCUCUCCCUCAACUCCUAUACCCUCUAGUCCAAACGCAGCCCCUCCGCCUCUACAACCGCAACCAGUCCGAUGAGCACUAUGGUUUCUACACCUACUUCGACCGGUACAUAUACAUCACAAAUGCCACCUCGAGCUCUUCAAACGGCACAACGAUCAAGACCAACAUUCCGCUGGAAGAAGCCUCGGGCGUGUGUACCUUCUCGCAAACGAGGUUCAAGGUUGCGAUCUGGACUCGGCGCGGCCUGAGCUCUUCUACCUUGUCUGGCAACUCGACUGCUACCAUUGCCUCCUCUGGAACGACCUCUAGUACCCUGAAUCAAGCCAUGUCUUCGUCUUCGUAUCCCAUCACCGUCACCCUCGACCGACACGGCGGAUCGGAGAAGCGGAAAGGAGUGUAUUGCUAUGGUAUCGACGAGGAGGGGAAGAUAAUGAAAGACGGAAAGAUGUGGGUUGACGAGAAGAGAGGAGCGGACUUGAUCGAUCCAGGUCAGGUGCCGGGAUUGACGAAAAGGGAUGGCACUGGUGAGGGGAAGGGCAUCGAUGGUGGCACAGGCGGCUGCGGCUCAAAUGAUUUCGCGCCACUGCAACAACGCUCGGGAGGAAUACUCACAGCUACAUCCGUCAUCGACACUCUGGGCUUUCGCGCUGCCAAUGCCGCCCAAUUGACGGCAUGUCACGCCUCCGCUCCCGGGGUUCUGAACGCUGCCGCUACCGUCGCAGCCGCCACCGCUGGCGAAGAAGAUCUGGCCGGCAGAAGCCAUGGUGGUGAAGAUGGCGGCGGCUGCGAGGAUGGAAGU